CCCGAACGCCCGAUCACUAAGAGAGGCAUUCUACCAUGUGCAUCAUCGUUAUAUGACCCGCUUGGAUUUCUAGCGCCUUUAUCACUUACCCCUAAACGAAUUCUGCAACAGCUAUGUCGUAAAAACUAUGGGUGGGAUGAGAUGACAGAUGAAGAGUCACGAUUGAGUUGGGAAGGUUGUUUAGAAGCAAAGAGUUCUAUCGAGGACGGACCCACGCCACCCUCUUCUUUGACCACAGUAGCGCCUGAAAACCCUUCAAAUCGUUUGUUGCCGUUCAUAGAUGAUCCUGGUUUAUGCCUUAAACACUCUCCUGAUGUGUCACUCUUAGUCGAUGAUGAUGAUGAUGUACGCUCACUCAUAGUAACAGCAGCCGCUGUUGAGACUGAAGAUUCCAGGGUUCAUCAAUGUUUACCGUCAGUUCGUUCUUUUGUAUUUAAUACUCCACCUGAUUCAAGAAGUAACCGACUUAUAGAUACCUUUGAUUCUGUAUCUAAAGCGACAGACGAGAAUUUAAUGGAUUUAGAACAAGUUAUUUCAUUACCAGCUGUUGACUAUGAGUACCUUCUAAAAACUGCCAACGAUCGUCAUGUCGAUAAAGCAGUGAAUAUUGACCUUAGAUGUAUUUCUCCUCCAGACAAAAUUCUUCCGACAGAUAGCGGCGAGUUAAUGUCAUCGAAAACAUCUGUUAUGUUCUCUGCCGAAACAAAUCUCCCUAGUGUUUCUGACGUGAACGAUAGUGCUAAGUCUGUGAUACUACUACACGAGUCAUCAAUUAGUUGCAAAGCAACAACAACUCAGUUCUCUGCAAAUACGAAACUUGUAUCUCCUGUAGUGGCGUCUGCUGAGAGUUCUAUUGACAUCAAGCGUGAAACAGAGAAUCAGAAAGAUGAUUGUUUUAUUCAGUAUGCUGAUGAUGAUAAGAAGUUUAAGACAACUGUAUCCAUGUCUCCUUUAGUUGGGUUAGACAAGCAGACACAACAUCCAUUACCAGACUUUAAGGAUAGUAGAGUAGCCGAAGAAAGGACUCAUCGGAACAUAGAAUGGCACCAUAACACUCCCUACGCAAAUCAUCAUCGAGUAUGGGAAAAAUUAAUAGGAAGCAUACGUAGACUUUCGAGCGCAGUACCUAUGUCCUACGAGACACUCACCACCUGUUUGACUGAAGCAGAAAGAAUACCUAAUGAUAGACCACUCUUACAGACGCGAACGAAAUGGACACAAGGAAGACGAGAUUUACAAGUUCGCGGUCCAGUCUUGAUUAUUGGAGACACUUGUGCACGAAAUAACUGGCCUGAAGGCCUCGUGGUAAGUUUUGAUCCAGGAGGAGAUGGUCUAUGGAAACAAGCGAAGAUCAGAACGUGGAAAGGUACAAUUAUUAGAGGCAUACGUAAAAUUUGUUUAUUAGAAGGAGCUGACGACCGAAAAGUAGAGGAUAGAGAGACUUUUCAGAGUGACUGUGGCUAGAGUAAAUCGUACCAUUGUCACCUCUGAAUGUUUUUACAUUAAUACCUAAUCAGCGAAAGUAAGUAAAGACAUGCUGUCUUUGGGGGGCGGUGUUAAGUUUGUUUUACAUUGUUCCUGCUCAUUCCUUUCCUACUCUUUUGCAUGUUGGUUUAUACUACUUUUUUACAUUCAGUAGGCAGCUGUAUGUCAAACAAUUUUCAAACUUAUGUUGUAACUCAAGUUGUACUGUAACAUUCUGGAAUGUUCACCUAUAUUUUUAACGUUUAUUUUACCUAUAAUUGUAUUUAUCAUUGUAAUCACUGUAAUUUAAUUACUGUAACGAUUAUCCACAGUUUUGUGUAUUUGUUUGAAUGCAACAGUUUCCACAUUGUUUGCUCUUGGUUCGAGUUUCGGUUGUUCAUAAACUGUUACCAAAUUUAGACACAGCUAUCGGCUGUCUUUGGACUAUCGUAUGUUGUAAUCAUUCUUUACGUUACUCUUACAGGAAGCCUUUGCUAUUUUCAUUCUUGAACGACGCGUUUAAACGCCUAGACACCUCACAAGUUGAG